UCCCAAAAUCACCAAAACUCCUGCCCCGCACACACAGCAUGGAUGACCCGGAGAGUGCGGAGGGGCCCCGGGCCCAGAGAGCCGGCCUGAGAGCCCUCAUCCCGGGCAGGGGCUUCCUGGCAUCGAGGAAAGGGCAGCUGCUGCUGGCAGAAUGGGUGGUGUCGCUGAUCACAUUCAUCUGUUACGUGGCGUCCACGGCCGCGGCCCUCAUGACCGUCCCCCUGAUAGAAUUCCUCUGGGCCCUCUUUACAUUCUUUGCUUACUCCAUGAAACUGAACGAGCAGCUGAAGGGAAUUUUCUGGCCGCUGCUGGACUUCAUCCGCUGUGUCUCCGCCGCCAUCAUUUAUUUUGUGAUCUCGCUUGUGGCUGUGUCCAAAUAUUCCUGUGGGGCCUCGAAAGCGGCUGCGGUGCUCGGAUUUAUUGCCACCAUCGUCUAUGCCUUCGACUUCUACAUCACCUUUAAUGACCUGAUCCAAUUCCUGAAGAAGGGAGAUCCUGCAGACGGCGAACCUCAGCGACGGAAGUCAGACGAUGAAGGUACAGACUCGGACUCCGACUGAUGGUCCCAGGAGAAGCGGAGACUUUCCUUCCCCUCCCGGUGGAUACGCGCUCGACCCUGGAGCCCGCAGACCUCUCAUUAUGGGGGAAGAGUGAAGGACUUUUUUUAAUAGAGAAAUUUUAUAGGAUAUAAUGAGGACAAUUGAGGAGAUGAUCCUCCGUGGACGUCGCCCACUACAUGGUGGACACUGAGGAGAUCACAUCUCGAUUAGGCCCAGUGUUACCGUGCACCUUCAUAUUCCCCCUUUUUUUUGUAUUUUAAGGGGCUUUAUUGACAAUAAUUAUUACCGAGGAAAGAUGUGAUAGAACCAGCGCUGAAGUAGAAAACCAGAUCCAUUUUCAGUUAACCCUUCCGUACCCCAUUAUAUUUCGGUGGCUGGCACCAUUCACUCCCCCCCACGUGAAGACAGAGCAGGGUGGCAUCAAUAUGUUGCCAGCUCUCUGCAGGGGGAAAAGAUGGUUGCAGCGGCCCGACAUUGGAUUGUAAAGCGAGGAACCUUCAGACCUAAGGCUUUAUCGUGCAUUAUACGAAAGUGACAUUUUUU